AUGCAUUGGCCUACUCUCAUCGUCUUCUUCGCCGGAUCUGCUCUCGCUGCGCCUCACUUGGCCAAGAGACAGAACCCCUGCUUUAUCGUUGGCUCCGAAGCCCUGCCGGAAGAGGUCUCAUCCGGGGCCGCAGGUCUGGCCUCUGCUGUCACCUGCGACACUUCCCGAACAACCAUCGACGGCGUCCCUGACGUGAUCUCCAAUGGCGUAUCCUUUUCCUCCGUCAACUUUGCCGAAUCAGGCCAAUCCCCUCUGGCCUUCGCUCUCGACAAAUUCGCGACUUCAUCACCCCUGGCGAAUAACGAUGUCAACAAGUUCCAGAACGAGUUGAAUGUUUACCUUGCUACCGAGGCGGGUAUCAGGGCAGCUGGAGGAAACCUUGCCAUCAAGGUGCCUAAGUUCUUCCUGCAAUUCCAGAUUGCUCGAAUCCAGCAGGCACAGGGUGCCGUGUCCAACAUUCCUGGCAUGACCGUCGAUCAUCAGCUCGAAAAGGUGCUUAAGAAUGCAGCCGGAGAAGACAAGGCUCUCCUUGACCAAGUGAACGAAUUGGCUGUCAACUUGAACUAA